UUUGUUUCCUCCGGUGCAGCAGGGGCGCUGUGCAGCUUCACAUCCACAAACACCGACACGAGAACAAGCCUCUGCAUCAUGGGGACACGCGUGAAGGUGCUGCGGGUGUUCAAAGAUCUGCACAAGACAAGAAGAGAAGUCUUUAGAGAUGAUGACAGAGCUCUGACAGCUGCCAGGUUAAAAAUAAAUGAAGAAUUCAAAAAACACAAGAAUGAAACAGAGGAAAAUAUUAAAGAGAUGCUUAAAAUGGCCCGAGCGGUUGAGACCAUCCUUCGGGAAAACGUGAUACAGGGAGAGCAUGUGGAGGAAAAUAAAGUCCUGUUACGGCCCCGCAAGAGUCUCCUGCUGGACAAUGUUCCUUACUCUGAUACACCUAGAAACAAGACAUGACCCUGAUCUUCUGUCACUGAUACGGCCCGGGUGUCUCCUGCGCUUCUCAUACGGGACAGAGAGCAAGACACAUUAAUGAAGCUCACCCAAUAAUCACCCAUUUUCCAUUUUACACAGUGGCCACAAUAACAUAACUUUAAUAACCUGUACAGUAUAUGUUUGUUCUGCGCUGAUGUGAUUGUGUUCAAUUAAAUGCAAGGAAUUGCCACAUUGUAAAGAGUAUAGUGUUGAAUAAAUGAUAAAAAAA